GGGACGCUGGCUCGUCAGCGGCUGCUUUCCCCAUGCAAUUGUGAACCUUUGAAGCUAAAUGCUAACUAGCCGCAGUAGCAGCAUGGAUGUCCUCCCUAUGUCCACUGAGGACACUGCAGAAGGACCUGCCGAGCGUCGACGAGGCCAGCUCGCUGCUCUGUCCAUAGCAGUGGUGGUCAUCAUCGUGGGAGUCCCACUGUGGUGGCGUACGACUGAAACAUACCGCGCCUGGCUGCCUGUCAGUCAAAUAAAUGAGUUGGCUAACCUGCAGCUGCAGUUGAGUGCUGAUGUGGAGGUUGUGUUCGCACGUGGCACUGUAACACCAGAACAACAGAAGAAGGUCCCACUGAUGCAGACACAGGAGGAGGAACACAGAGUAGAUGAGGACACAGCUUUGAGGUACAGAUAUGAAACAAGGUACCGCACAGCCACAGUCAUGGAAGAGGAUGCCCUGAACCAGCUGACAGCUGCAGAGGCAGAUCUGUCUCUGCACACACUCAGCGAGAGUCCGUGUGGUUCUUUGGUUGUGUACGUGAUCCCAGAGUCCUCUUCACUGCUGCCUCAGGAUGUUGACGUGUAUAUCGGUCGGAGAAGGACAGCCUUGCUUCGUAUUGAUGCUCAGAUGAGAGUGGGCAAGACUCUAAAGCAACUGCUGACUCACAUGGAGCCUCGAGUUAAGCAGGUGCUGCAGGUGAUGUCAUUCAGCCACACAGACAUCACUGCUGCCCUCAGCGACCGAGUCCGUCUCAGCCCUGGCAGCAAGGAGAGCAUCGCUGACAGUAUGAGGGCCUUUAAAUCCAGCCCAGGUUACGAGAUAACUUUCAGUCUGUUGAACCCAGACCCAAAGUCCCACCGGCUAAACUGGGACAUAGAGGGUGCCGUGCAGACCUACAUCCAACCUUUGCUUACAAAACUGGCUCCUGUAGCCAACUUUAGCAUCGACUCUCAGACCUUAUACUAUGCCAUGCUGGGUGUCAACCCUCGCUUUGACAGUAGCCUCAACUCCUACACACUGAACGCUGACGGCCUUGCACACGUCAUCAACCCUGUGGAGGCCAGACUUGGCUCUAAUGCUGCAUCUUCCAACCCAGUGUUGAAUUUUCUCCUGUACGUCCCGGAUGCCCACCAUUCUCCUCUUUACAUUUAUGACCGCAAGAAGCAAGAAGUGCCAUCUAAUGCUUUUCACUCUCCUCGGUGGGGUGGAAUCAUGGUUUAUAAUGUCAAUGAUUUCUAUGGACCGGAGGCUGCGUUCCCUGUUGACAUCGACAUCAACAUGGCUAAAGUUAUGGGAGUCUUCCUGGCUCAGCUUCGACUGCUGCUUGGCGUGCAGUUGUCCUCCCCUCCCCCCGGCUUCCUGGUGGCACCGUGUGGCAGCGCAGGACUCGCUGAUUGGGAGCUGGAUCGCCUCAUGUGGAGUCGGAGUGUGGAAAAUGUUGCAACAGCAACCACCACCAUCACCUCACUGGCACAGCUGCUGGACCAGAUAGGCAACAUCGUGAUCAAUGACAACAUCGCUGAACAGGUGUCCAGUGCUGUCACGUCUCUGCAGCUGGCUGUGGCUGAGCUGGAGUCUGGGAACCUGGGCUUCGCUCUGCAGUACAGUAAAGAGGCCAUCUUGGCAUCAGAGAGAGCGUUCUUUGACCCGUCCCUCCUCCACCUCCUCUACUUCCCUGAUGACCAGAAGUUUGCUAUCUACAUACCACUUUUCUUGCCCAUGUGUGUGCCCAUCCUGCUGUCGCUGCUCAAAAUAGUGUCUGAGGCUCGACAGAAACGCAGAGAUAAACAGACCAAGAAGGACUGAGAAACACGAUGAGUUCUGAAGAAAGAAACACAUAAUUACCUGUUUUGUGAGUGGCCUUUAAAUUUAGGUACAAAGGAAGCAUGAAGAACGGCUUGUUGCAUCAUUGAAAUGUUUGGUUUACGGUCAUGUAUGAUAUUUAUUGUUUCAUGUGGGGGAUUGUGUUUAUCAUAAGAUUUUAUUAAAAGAAUGCUGUGGCUGUCAGACACUACUGUUGAAAGCUUGAAUUGUUGUAAAUUUGUAAAAGUUUUAUAUUUGAAUUCCACUUUAUAAGUUAUUAACAAAUAAAGACCAAGGUGUAACUCGUUUUUGUUUGAGUUUUAUACCUGACCAUUUUCUUAAAAUAGCUUGAGAAUACUACAUUUUGCAUUAAUAUCAAAUAAUGGGAUGGAUUUUUGUCCAAAGUAAGUGGUCAACUUAUGUUUACAUUUGAAACACUACUUUUGACAAAAUUAUAAUACAAGGUCAAUUUAUUAUUGUAUUAUUUGAGCUUUUUAUGGCAUCUUACUGAUUUAUUCUGUGGUGUUUUUUGUCUUUUGAUCACUGACAAAUUAAAGCACUUUCUAUGCAUGUU